UGACUGUGACGUCAACUCACAGUUUGUUUACAUUUUUGUUUGAAAAACGUUUUGAAAUGCAUUUGACUUUUGUUUUUCAUUUGAAUCAACUGUUGUUCAAUCACUUGACAAUCACCUGAUCUAUCACUUCCUCAUAUAAUAUGACAAACAAUGAGAUCAAUGUCGGCGACAAAAACCAACUCUUCUACGGCCUGUCGUUGCCAUCACAUGUUGUCGAUGACAUUAAUGUCGAUAAAGAUACGGAACUAGUCUUUGACAACAAAAAUGAUGUGUUGAAAGCCAUGAAACUAUACAAAGGUUCGCGAUUUAAGGCCUUUCACAAUAUCGAUGAUGCGAUUGAGUACUCAAAACAGGUUAUAAAACCGGAAGAAUGUUGCGGUGAUAGUAAUAAAUCGGUCAGAAAUCUGGAGAAAAGUUUGAGUCCUUUUAGUGGAUUACAUCCGAGAGAAUUGGCUCGACUUCGCAAAGCCAUUGAAAACGAUAGCUACGAAACUGUGAAUCAACUGAUUUGGUCGAACCCGAGGUUUUUGGUGAGCAGUGGUGACACUCCUGUCAUACUUAUGGAGGGCUUUCGUUACAAUUCGUGUCACAUCGCGGCCAAAGCCGGCAAACAUAAUAUAUUGCAACUAAUUUUGAAUACUGUUUCCGAUAAGACGUUUAUGAAACUCCUGUUUCCUUACGAUGCCGACGAUGUCACCGAAUCUCGAAUUAAAUUCUUAUUAGAUCUUUAUUUAAAUACACCGGAAAAAGGGUUUUGCGAAACACCACUGCAUUUUGGAUGCAAAUUUGGUUACACCGAAGUGGUGGCCGUAUUGCUUAAGUAUCAGAUUUGUGAUAUCGAAAAACUUAACAAAAACAGCCGAAAACCUUAUGAAGUGAUUUGUGAGCGAAAAGGGGAUGAAAUUACUAAACGGAAAAUACAAAAAUUGUUUAAAUCACAAAUCUAUUUACCGCUAUUUAGAGAUGAUUUUAGCGCUCAAAUCGGUAAACCAGUUAAAGGAGUAGUCCAUGACUCGACUGUUAGUGCUUUGGCCGGACCAAUGUCUGCCGAUGAGGCCAACCAUUUGUUUGAAACAUUGAAGAGUCCGCGAAAGUCUACUCCACAGCAAAGGAAAAUACGUUUAACUGAUUCGAGAAAAGGAUUGGAAAGAAUUGCUCGAAAUAUUUGUAAAGAAAUGAACAUUAAUUGGAUUGAAUUCUGGCCUUUCCUUAACUGUAGUAUCGAUUUGACUGCAGAUGAGGGACUAAAUCGAUUGGAAAAGCAUUUAAGAACUGUAUAUUAUGAAUUGGACUCAAAUUUUAAUAAAUCUAAAUAUAACUAUAACUAUAGUCUAAGUGAAAGUCAAGAUAUGAAGUCAGACAUAAACUCUUUGAAGUGA